AUGCCACCAAAAAGUGGUUCUCAAAAAAGAAAAGAACGAGCUCAAAAAGAUGCUGAGUUGAAAAAAUUACGAGGUUCUUUUGACAGAUUUCUACCCAACAAAAAUGUAACUUCUUCAAGUGUGUUGAUUGCAUUGGAAAAUGGUGGCCAAGAAAAUAUUGGUGAAAUUUUACAAACUGAAAAUAGUGAAAAUACUAUUGGUCAUUUGUGUAAUUCAGAUGAUUCAGCUUGUCCAACUGAAAAAGUAAUUGACAACAGCUCUAUGCUUGUUAAAUCUACUGCAACUUCUGCGAGUGAGAUAACCGCGUUGGAAAGUAGUGUUCAAGAAAAUAUAAAUGAAAUUUUACAAACUGAAAAUACUAUUGGUCAUUUGUGUAAUUCAAAUGAUUCAGCUUGUCCAGCUGGCAUAUUUGAGAAUCGGUAUAGCGUGUUAUUGCAUAUUACAUGUAAAUAUUUACAUGAAAAAUCAAUACAACAUAUUGAUGCUAUUAAAGUACGUUGUAUUUGGGAAAAAAAUGAGACUAUUGAUAAAUUAACUGAGCAACAAUACUCAAAUGAAGCAGCUUAUUGGAGAAAUGUUCUUAAAAGAAUCAUAAAAAUUAUUCUCUUUUUAACAUCUGGCAAUACAGCAUUAAGAGGACAUGAACAUAAAGGCAAAUUUAAUGAACAUGAAUAUAUAAAUUAA